UUUCUCGUAUGAUUCCUAAUUUUACAAAGAAAGAUCACUUGAUUAACUUAUAUUUCAUCAGGCGGUUAAAACCAUCUGAGAUUCCUGUGCCUCGUUUUUUUUUCCUUUUUUACUUAUUUUGAAGAAAAAAAAGAAUACGUUUCAAAGUAGAAUGGGGGCUCGAACCUGUGACCUCAACCACCAGUCUUUUCCAGUUCUGCUUUAGCAUUAGUACCCUGGAAAUUUAUUUAUGUCCUACCUACCUGCCUUUCUCCACAAGCAUCCUUUUUGCCUUUAUAUAAUAGUAUCUGUUAGGCUCUGAGAGUCUCUGUUGUAAGUGUCAUCCUAUUGGUAAGCUACUCCCAUGUCCCUCUUGGGGAGUAGCAGCUGAGGAGCAAGGGAAGCGAUCAUGGAAAAUAUACCACUUCUGAGUCCUUAUGAAACAAAAAGAUUCAGGUUUUCACACAGAACUGUGCUGGCACCCUUGACAAGAGCCAGAUCAUAUGGUAAUCUUCCACAAUCGCAUGCCAUUUUGUACUACUCACAGAGGGCAACAGAGGGCGGUCUUCUGAUUGCUGAAGCCACAGGGGUGUCAUCUGAUGCUCAAGGUAUGAGUUUAAUUCCACACACCCCAGGGAUUUGGACCAAGGAACAAGUAGAGGCCUGGAAGCCUGUUGUGGAUGCAGUGCAUGCAAAAGGUGGAAUAUUCUUCUGCCAGAUUUGGCAUGUAGGAAGGGCAUCUGAUAUGGAGAAAGAACCCAUCUCCAGCACAGAUAAGCCAGUGGAAAAGAAUGGAGAUGACCACAUGGAUUUCCCCAUCCCAAGAUGCUUAACCGUAGAAGAGAUCCCCGAUGUAAUCAAUCAUUUCAGAAUUGCUGCAAGAAAUGCUGUGGAUGCUGGUUUUGAUGGGGUUGAAAUCCAUGGUGCUCAUGGCUUCCUUCUCGAGCAAUUCAUGAAAGACAGUGUCAAUGACCGCACUGACAAGUACGGAGGCAGCAUACAGAAUCGCUGUCGCUUUGCCCUUGAGGUAGUUGAUGCUGUGGUGGCUGAGGUUGGGUCAGACCGUGUGGGGAUCCGCCUCUCUCCUUAUGCCAAUUACCUUGGCUGUCAUGACUCGGACCCAGACAGGUUGGGUGUCUACAUGGCUCAGGAGCUGAACAGAUACAACAUCCUGUACUGCAGUGCGGUGGAACCUGAGAUGGUCAUGGUGGAUGGCAAGAUGAAAAUCCCACACAGUCUGCAAGAAAUGAGGAAGGCCUUCAACGGAACUUUCAUGGUUGGUGGAGGUUACGACAGGGAAGAGGGUAACAGAGUUGUAGCUGAUGGAUAUGCUGACAUGGUUGUAUAUGGCCGCUUAUUCUUGGCGAAUCCUGACCUGCCGAGGCGAUUCCAGCUGAAUGCUCCCUUGAACAAGUAUGAUCGAUCAACAUUCUACACCGAUGAUCCUGUCGUUGGCUACACGGAUUACCCAUUUCUUGAGAACUCUGAACCACUAAACUCCCUAACUAGACGGGGAGGGAUCUACCAAAACAAAGAAGGGAUGAUCUGAAUUGCCUACUCCCUCUGUCCUAAUCCUUCCUCGGUCCUAAAAAGAAUGAACUGUAAAUUUUGGAGGAGUCGAUCUUUUAUUUUUAAUUCAACUAUAUUCACAGAAAAUAGUAUGGAUAUUUGUAUCUCCAAAUAUAUUUUCUAUAGAAAUAUAUUUUACUAAUGAUGUUACAUAUUAUACUAGCCUAGUGUGUAACUCUGUGUGUCCAACUGCUUGCUUCUAUUCUCAAGUGUGGUUCGCACAUUUGUUAAUGUAGCCUGGAUCUAUAAUGUAAUCAGGGGUUUGUAGCUUCUGUUUGAGAGCUAGCUAGACGGGCUUGGCUGGUUUUGUGUGGUGUGGAUAUAUACUGUGUCGCACUGAAGAGGUGUGCCAUUGAAGUAUUGAGGUAUAAUAUUCACUCAGACCCUUGCUGAUUGACACAA